UGGUCCGACUUCUUAGCUGUCAAAUAACCACGGGAGCAUCAGGCCAGGCCCAUCCCGAGGGGUCCCGGGACGCCGCACAGGCUGGCACUACCGCGAGAGGAGACCACUCCGAGACUGCACCGCGCGGUAGAUCUGAAACUGGGCUGGGGCGGGGAGGGAAAAGGCUAGGUUUGCAGGAUCUAGGGGAGGUCUUUUUUUCUGGUUUUAUCCCCCCCAGAGAAGCUGGAAUUUAGAUCUGCUUUGUUGGAGAACUCAGGGGGGCCUGUUUGCACUGCCUUUUUGGAGGGUGACAGUGGAGUCACUUCCCACUGGGGUUCAAGCUAACUACGAGCGAGGGACUGGCCAGAAGAGCAAGGCGCGGAAGAGCAGGAGGUCUGCCUACUCUAUGUGGAUAAGCAGGUCUGACAGGAAGAAGCUUCUUUUUUUCCAAAUUAUAUUGAGGUGUGACAAGUUAGUAUUGCACAAAAGUAAGACCCCCCCCCCAAUACACACAGCUACAGUUUGCACUUCUCCAGAAGCUGCCUAAUGUAUAUUGCCUUGCACAUACUGAAGGAUCCCUGAGUAUUUUGCAGACUGAGGAUCCAUUUCAUCUAAGAUUCCAUAGGCCAUGUUCGUUUUUGCACUGUACUGUGAUCUUCCCAGAAUUUUUCAGUUCAAAGCUGCUUGAUGGCCAGUUUUGCCUCGCAUGCCUAGGAUCCUUGCACUCUGAAUUUACACGGCUCAGGAAGUGUGCUCGAAGUCAAAAUUGCACAAAGCAUAGCUCAAGUUUGCAUCAGACGAAAAGAGAACUUAAGCCACGGUGCUUGGCUCAGGAGUGGGAAAGGUGAUGGAUUCCUGAAGUGGAAGAGGUGGUGCAGAGGGGUCAGUGCCCAUGCUGCCCUGCUCUCAGCUGCUGUGCACAGGAUGCAGCAGGGGCGGUGACCUCUACACAGUCCAUCUCCCAAGUGGGGCUGGCUAUAUCUAUCCUUGGGCCUCAUGGCUGACCUAUGUGAUGUGGCCCCGUGGCCCCAACAGGAGCCUGGCCUAAUCUCUGGAGUCCACGCAGAGCUUCACCUUGAGCUCCGGGGUGAUGACUGGAGGGUAAGCCUGGAGGACCAUAGCAACCAAGGUACUUUGGUCAAUAAUGUUCGACUCCCAAGGGGUCACAGGCUGGAGUUGAGUGAUGGUGACCUUCUGACCUUUGGCCCUGAAGGGCCCCCAGGAAGCAGCCCCUCAGAGUUUUACUUCAUGUUUCAGCAAGUCCAUGUCAAACCUCAAGAUUUUGCUGCCAUUACCAUCCCACGGUCUAGGGAUGAAGAGGGAACCAGGGCUGGUUUCUGGCCCAUGCUGCCCCCCAAGGGGGCUCCACAGCGCCCCCUCAGCACCCUGUCCCCUGCUCCAAAAGCCACGUUGAUCCUCAACUCCAUUGGCAGCCUCAGCAAGCUCCAGCCUCAGCCUCUCACCUUCUCCCGGACUAGGGGUGGGCCACAGAGCCUGCCUGCUCCCACUCCCCCUGAGGAGGUAGACACCACGCCUUCUGCCCCACCCCCAAGAAAUAGGAGGAAAUCGGCUCACCGAGUGUUGGCAGAAUUGGAUGAUGAGAGAGAGGCUCCUGAGAGCUCACCAGUCCAGAGAGAGCCCAGGAAGAAACUCCGUGUAGAGAAAACCCCACUGACACCUCGUGGAAACCAUCAUGGGCAUCCUCUGAAGUACACAGUGAGCAACCCCCGUGCAGUUGGGGGCAGGGAGCCCUGUGCAGCCUCUUGUUGCUGCCUUCCCCAAGAAGAGACAGCGUGAUGGUUGUAACGUCUGGUUCCAUGUGGCCUGUGUUGUCUGCAGCAUCCAGGCUGCUAGGGAGGCUGACUUCCAGUGUGCAAGGUGUCAUGUGGGCAUCCAGACCUAAGGCCCUCCACCAAGGGAUGAGUGGCACCUCCAAGCUAUGAGUGGACACAGUGGAAUGCCAGUGAGCCCUAAGAAAUAACCCCCUUGCCUGCUCAGGAGGGAAUGACUACAGUCCAUUGCUAUGGAUUCAGGUCCUCAUGGCCAAGGUAACAGAAGAGAUGGUUUCCUGCUAAAGAUAAUGCUGCCUUCAGGAAGUUGCCAAUGAACUGAAAAUUCCCACUGUUAGCUGUUAAGGACACUAGAAUGUCUGUGAUGAGAGCACUCAUCAAUUGCAGAGACCAUGCCUGGGAAGAUGUAAGCUCCGGACCUGAACGAGUGAGUUCUUGAGAUUCUUGGAUGGUAUCACCUAAGGCAUUCUUGGGCAAACCUAGAGCACAGUCCCCAGACUUCCUUACAUUGUGGAUAGUCCCACCACUGACCAUAUUUGUAUCAUGGCUUUUCAGAGGUUCGCUUUCAUUUUCAAAUAAAGUACAAGCAGCUUCAUUCA